AUGUUUAGAUUCCAUCGAAUUCCAAAAUAUCUUCUGUCUCUUCAUGAGUAUUAAACAGCAGAAUUUUUCAAAUCCUUCCAAUUACCAAUACCUCCUGGGAGGAUCUGUAAGACUGCAGACGAAGCAUACAAAGCAGCGGCUAGAAUAAUAUAGGAAGGAUCUGAUAAGAAUUCAUUCACAGAUGUAGUUGUAAAGGCUCAAGUGCAUACAGGAGGUAGAGGCAAGGGAUACUUCAAGGAGAAUGGAUUUAAUAGUGGAAUACAUAUAGCAUCUACUCCUGAGGACGUGAGAGAAUACGCAUCUAAAAUGCUAGGAAAUACAUUGAUUACUAAGUAAACUGGGAGUUUGGGGAAGAAAUGUGAGAUGGUUUAUGUAGUAGAACGUAACUUUUUGAGGAAGGAGCUAUAUUUAUCAAUACUACUAGACCGAAACACAGGAGGAUUGGGUAUUGUGGCAUCGGAAAAAGGAGGUAUUCAUAUUGAGGAGAGUGAUCCAAAUUACAUUAAGAAGUUUUCGAUCGAAAUGCCAAAUGCAGUUGAAGAGAUUGAUUCCUCUAUUUACGAGAGCGUUUCGAAGGUGUACAAAUUAAAUCCAAUUUAACAAAAGUAAAUGACUGAAAUUUUGAAACACAUGUUUGAUAUCUUUUUGUAAACCGAUGCAACUCUAUUAGAAAUUAAUCCACUUGGUAUUGAUUUACAAGGCAAUUUGAUCAUAUGUGAUCAGAAAUUAAAUAUCGAUGACAAUUCGUAAUUUAGAUAACAUGCAAUAUUCCAUAUGGAGGAUGUAAGAUAGAAGGAUUGGAAAGAAGUAGAAGCUUAAAAACAUGGACUUAAUUAUAUAGCCUUAGAUGGAAAUAUCGGAUGUAUGGUAAAUGGAGCAGGAUUAGCUAUGGCUACAAUGGAUUUAAUCAAACAGUAUGAAGGAUCUCCUGCUAAUUUCUUAGAUGUAGGAGGUAAAGCUACAGAUCAGGAGAUUGUAUCUGCCUUAAAGAUCAUGGAUAAAGAUCCCAAUGUUGAAGCCAUCCUAGUGAAUAUCUUUGCUGGUAUUGCAAGGUGUGAUCAAAUCGUUUUGGGUUUACUUAAAGGAUUAACUGUAUUGGGAAUGAAAAAGCCGAUGGUGUUGAGAAUGAAAGGAACAAAGGUUGAAGAGGCUAAGAAGUUGAUUGAGGAGUCUGGAUUUAACAUGAUGUUUACAGAAGAUUUAGAUGAAGCUGCAAAGAAGGCUGUUAGAAUGGCAGCAAUUCUGAGAUUGGCUAAAGAGGCCAAUAUUAAUGUGAACUUAACGAGUUGAUAUUUCAUUUAAAAAUAUUACAUCGUUA